UUCAUAACAAGUUGUUCCGCACUUGAUGCUUGCAAAACAAGACCAUUGUCUCAGACAUGAGGCUCAAGCUGAGCACACAGAGCGUCAGAUUAAACAGCAGUUCGAGAAGCUUCAUCAGUUUCUCCGAGAUGAAGAAGAAGCUACAGUCACUGCACUGAGGGAGGAAGAGGAGCAGAAGAAGCAGAUGAUGAAGGAGAAGCUGGAGGAGAUGAACACACACAUCUCUGCUCUUUCACACACACUCAAAGACAUGGAGGAGAUGAUGAAAGCCAGUGACGUCUGCUUUCUGAAGGUCUGAUUUCAGAUCAUUGGUUGAUUGAUUGAGUUCUUGAUGAUAAUGGUGUGUUUGUUUUUGUUGUAAAUGAACUUUUAUUUCAGUCAUAGAGGUUAAACGAUCAUUUGUUUGUUGAAAUAAUCCACAAAAGUGUUGAUGAAAUAUAAAUGCUUAGUAUAGAAAUACUUGAUACCCAUAAAGGCUAGAUGUGUUCUCUAUCGUCAUCACCAUCUUCUGUGUUCCUGAGGUAAGAUGAGUGAUCAGCACCAACACAAAUACUCUUACCGCGCUGAAAUCUGGACGGAUUUACAAACGGUUUAGUUUCUUACAAACAUUAUUAACGUGGUUGUUAUUCUGGAUGAUUAUUCAUAAGUAUGCAGGGUCAUAACUACAUCUCUGACGUUUAUA